AUGGUUGGUUUGAGAGUAAUAGCACAGAUUAUUCUUGUAGGCACACAAAUCGUAGGGAAAGCAUUUAUUGAAGCGUUUAAACAAGCUUCUGCAAACGCCGGAAAAAAUGGCGGUUCGGCAUUCAGAGGUGCUGAUGCUUUGUCGAGACAGACAGGAAUGACGAUGGAUGAAGCGUGUCAGAUCUUAAAUAUUAAGAAAAUUGAUUUAAAUCCCGAGCAAGUUACAAAGAGUUACGAACAUUUAUUCAAAGUAAACGAUACUUCUUCUGGAGGAUCUUUUUAUUUGCAGUCAAAAGUAGUUCGGGCUAAGGAACGUAUUGAAUUGGAAUUAGCAGAAAAGGAUCCAUCAAAAGAAUCAAAAGAAUCAAAAGAGAAAUCAUAG